AUGUCGGUCCUGACUAUUGUACACCGCGCUUUCCCCUUUGCCCUCCCCUGGAAGCGCCGGUCCUCCACCGACAAAGGGAAAGACAAAGAGAUCGAUAUCGAAGUAUACACUUCCGAUCGUGACUCACACGAUCACUUCCAUCUCGGCACUCUCGAUGCCGAUACCCCUACCCCAGGCACGGCAUCCCUGCAUUGUGACGUCUCGCACACCUUGCAUAUAGCGGUGAAGCCGAGCCCGGACCAUACCACGAGUCCGGAGGAUUCAAGCGAGUCAUCUGGAACGGACUCUGAUUCUGAGUCCCAAUUCGAGAAUGAUCACCGCCGUCCCUCGCAUGGCAGUGCGUCGUCCGCGCGGGCGCGGCUUGCUCGCGUGGUUAGCUGGGCGAGUAUCGUUCGAAGUCAAUGCCGCUGGACGAAUGAACAAGAGAAGCAGCUGCUUAUGGCGGAGAAGCAACUUGCCAGAUGUCAAAAGGCUUGGAGCUCAGAGCAGGAAGUUUGGAUUGCCUAUACCAUACCCCUGGACCCCCAUGGACUAUCAAGAAAUGAGUUUGAUUCUAAUGCGCUUGCCACUAAACCUAAGAUUCAUGAAUUGAGUGAAGAGAAAGCUGCCCAUGAAGGGUUCAUGCUGAUGCGCACCAGACAGCAAGAGGAAGAGAGAAAUCAGUUCCGCAAGGCAUGGAAGAGACGUCGUUCGUUGGAGAAUGCAGUGACUACCAAGGAGGAGACUGCGAUUACAAGGAGUGAUACUAAUAGGUUUAUUAAAAUUCGUCGACUGCAGAGAUAUGGACACUGGGGGUCUACUUUGGCAACGACGGAGUCGACUGUGUUGACAUGUCAGGCUUGA